AUGUCUUCGCCUGGAAGCUACUUUGUGCGCGACCUGAGCUGGGCCACGGUCCUGUGCGAGGCCGGCCACGCCGACGACGCCUACCACGUCGACGUCUACACGAGCUUCGCGACCGUCGCCCUCGCCGUCUACUCCAUCAUCGCCGCUGGCGUCCUGAUCCUGGGCCUGGUCGUUUUAUCGGUUAGGUAUUUGGAGAUCCGCGAAAUCCGAGCCAUCUUCGAGCGGGUGGAACGCGAAGUUCAGAGCAACAGAGGCGGGAACGAAGUGCAGCAGCCCCAAGUCUCCUUGGAGAGGACAGAGGAGUAA